CCUGCACGCGCUGCAGAAUGGAUCGCGUUUCCUCUCUCACAUCUUUAAAAGGGCACCGCUUCGAAACCAUGAGCAGACGAGCGAGGAAAAAUGGAUUUAGCAUUACAGCACAGUUUAAUAGGAAGCUUUCUUCAGCCUCCAGAUAAAAUCAUGCUUCCUCCCAUUACUCGAUGCAAAUGGACAGUCCCCACUCAGCUCCCUAAGAAGUUACAAUCUCCCUCUACUGAAAUCACGCCUGCGCCCAACAGAGAAGUAGCUCUGCUGUUGGCCCUGAAAACGCUCCAGGAAAAGAUUCAUCACCUAGAACUAGAGAGAUCGCAAGCAGAAGACAGCCUCAACACUCUCUCCAAAGAAGCAGUGCAGUAUAAGAAGGCCUGGCAAAGUGAAACGCUUGAGAAGGAUCUGGCACAUCAGGAAGUGAUAAGGCAGAAAAAUGAUAUGACCGUUCAGUUAGGUGCUGCCCUGGCCCACUCCUCCCUGCUGGAGAAACGACUAGAAGAUAUGAGGAAAAUUGUUUUCAGUGCAGAGUUGGAGAGAAAUCUGGUCCUGAAGCAACAGACCAAGCUUCAAAUGGAAAAGGAUCAGAAUCAAAUGAAGCUCUGUACAAAACUAGAAAAGCUCGAUAUCUUGGAAAAGGAAUGCUUCAGAGUUGCAGCUAAUCAGAGAACCGUAGAGGGCAAGAUUAAACAGUUGGAGGAAAAACUUUGUGAAGAACAACACCAACGGAAGCUAAUACAAGAGAAAGCUGCUCAGCUUCAAACUGGCCUUGAGAUCGGUAGAAUUUUAUUGUCAACAAUUCCUCCUUCCAGAGGAUUAAUGAAAACGAAUAGGACAAAACAAUCUUUAAAGGUCUCUAAACUGAAACUAAAACCUCCGAAACCGAAGAAGAGCCCGGUAUUGGAUGUGCAGCUGAAAUGUGACCACCGCAGGGGAACAGACAGUGUGCCCAUUCGUCCAGGAAAGAAAGUCUCCAGCGGCAGCCCUCUCCAGGAAAACAGUGGCUCCCUUCAGCUGCCGACCAGGGUACGGAGGCUGCCGGGGAUGUUAAGAAAACAUGAUAUCGUUUGGGAACGGUAGCUCUGACCCAACUGUCAAAAAUCUCUGUCUGUGAACUGUCAGUGAGAUGUUUGAACUGGGACUGUAGUGGUUGUAUUUAACCAUAAUUCACUUGGAAUUUUAUUGCCAUUUUGGGAAUCCUAAAACUGAUCGGGUGUGGUGUUUUUAAGUUAAUCAGGGAAUUGCUAGGAAUCGAAAUAAAUGUCUGCUUUCAUAUGUC